GUUGCAACGUGUAAACACUCUUGCAACUUGUGUCGCAACGCUGUUGCGAAAAUUCAGUGCUUAGUGUUAUCGCGCCUUUGGUCUUCUUCGCAGCCGUUGGAGGAUCUGUGACCGAAACUAAUGACGAUUGCGAAGAGACUUUCGCGUCUUUGAUAAAAGACUUAGGCAACCAGAGUACUUUUGAGGGGAACGCUCGAGGGACACAAGCACCAGACGCUGAUUCUAAGCUAGCUCUUGCCUCUUGCCUGGUCUUGUAUGGAAGUCACAAUGCAGUUAAUGUACAAUGUAGCUCUUCUGUUUGCUUGCCUGUGUUCUCAGCUGGUAUACGCAGAUUACCAUCAUUGCAGAUACUCUAGGUGGAGUUCAUGGAGUGAUUGUAGCAAUAAAUGUGGCCAAGGAACGCAAACACGCACAAGAUCUAUACGAUAUGAUCGACCGAACUGCCAAGCAACUAGCGAAACACGAGUCUGUAAUAAAUACGCCAGAACCACUUGUGAUUCAUCGUCUGGCCAAACUUGUAACCCUAACACUGGGCAAUGUGAAUGUAAGCCAGGAUACAAACCCUCAGGAGGCGAUCAACUUCCACAUUUCCCCUCCGACUUUGCUUGGAGUUACAAUGGAAAAUUACCCGGUAUGCGGUGCCUUCAGAUCAACGAACCAAAUGAACCGACGUCAACAACUUGGGAUGACAACUACCUGUGUUCCUCCGGUCAAAAAGCUGAUCCGGGAUUCCGGUGGUCGGCUCAUGGAAAGAUUAGAAACAUGAAAUGCGUCUACAUUCAUAAUACCAAGGAUUCACAUUGGAAAUGGAAUUACCUGUGUGCGCCAUAUAAUUCGCCGUAUCGAUUACGGUGGUUUCGCUUUAUAACCGCAAACCCAAGUUGGAUUAAAGGAAAUUAUUGUAUCAAAUGGUUGGAGCCGAAUGCCCCAGUUUAUACUUACUGGCCGACGGGGAAUUACUACCUGUGCAGCAAAAGAAUCGGUGGCGGCGAUGAUGAUGAUGAUGAUGACGAUGAUGGUGAUGACGAUGGUCACAACAAGCCAGGACUGAAACCCAAUAAACUGGUAUGCACGGAAAUAAACGAGUGUGAUUCCAAACCAUGUCAAAAUGGAGGUGUGUGCAGCAAUCUUGUGAACAGCUACAAUUGCACAUGUCCCCCCGGAUUCACUGGCUCAAACUGCGAGACAAAAAUAGACUUUUGUGCCUCAUUACCAUGUCUCAAUGGCGCCACCUGUAUAAACAACAACAGCGGUUAUACAUGUGUCUGUAGACCAGGAUGGAAUGGGAAAUUCUGUGGUGUGAACAUCGACGAGUGCGCAAAGAAUCCCUGUCAGAAUGGAGCUACAUGUGUAGAUGGUGUUAACGAUUACUCCUGUGUGUGCGCUCCAGGCUAUAAUGGACGAGACUGUGAUGUGAACAUCGACGAGUGCGCAAAGAAUCCCUGUCAGAAUGGAGCUACUUGCGUAGAUGGCAUAAAUAGUUACUCCUGUGUGUGCGCUCCAGGCUAUAAUGGACGAGACUGUGAUGUGAACAUCGACGAGUGCGCAAAGAAUCCCUGUCAGAACAGAGCUACAUGUGUAGAUGGCAUUAACGAUUACUCCUGUGUGUGCGUUCCAGGUUAUAAUGGACGCAACUGUGAAAAUGAAAUCGAUGAGUGCAUAUCUAACCCAUGCCUCAACGGAGCUUAUUGUUUUGACGAUAUCAAUCGGUACAUUUGCUUAUGUCCUCCGGGAUACGUUGGCACGCUUUGCGAAAAACGUUGUCCUCCAGGUAAGUAUGGAUAUGACUGCCUACAAAAGUGUGCCUGUCGAAAUGGAGCUCGUUGUGACUUUGCCACUGGGUUCUGUAGCUGUAAACCAGGUUGGGUUGGAAAAUUCUGUCAAAUAGUCUGUGAUGAUGGCAAGUAUGGACAGGGCUGUAAUAGUUAUUGCAAAUGUCAAAACAAUGCAAAAUGUGACCACGUUACAGGAGCUUGUACCUGUCCUAAAGACUUUACUGGGAAGUACUGUGAAACAGACAUGAAUAUUGGAUCAGGUGUGUCAUCAGAAGCAGAUGCUGAUAUAAACUACAAGGAUUACCUGGGUUUUUAGAUGUCCUCCUGGAAUAAACGGAAUAAACUUAUUAAUAGAGUCAUAAUUAAACAGAGUAAUAAAGCUGCUUAUGAAAGUU